AAACCAAACCAUGGCAUGAUUUUUUCUUUUAUUUAAUAAACAAAAAUAGUAACUUCCCCAAAUGGCUAAAAUCAAAAGCCAAUUUAAUAGUCAACCUACGUGUCAAUAUCAACCACGUCAUCACUUUCACCUAUAAAACGUUCCCGCCCACUUGCAUAAUCCCAAAACAAAGAAGAGUAAACCAUGAAACUAACCAACUCCACUCUCUUCUUCCUCAUCUCUCUCUUCUGUUUAUCUCCAGCUUCAGCUUCAUCGAGCAAGCCUCAGGUUUCGGAUGGCUCCACCAUCUUGUUCACGACGAUAGGGAGACCCACUUUCGAAUUCGACAUCUUCACCCUCCCCACAAACAAACGUCCACCGUCUCCCGCCGAUGAGCACCGUCUCACCGAUGGCACAUCCAUUAAUUUCAACGGCCAUUUCGCUUCUCCUUCACCGGCGCUUAUCUCACUUCUACCCAACAACUCUCGUAUUCAACCACAAGACUCGUCUCUUGUACAUCUCAUCUACGUUACCGAGAGAUAUGGAACUCCUACCUUGAACUACGACGUCGUUCAUAACGAUAACUCCGGAUCUAGAGUUCGGGUUCCGUUAUUUUCCGGCGAAAACCAACAUAACGGCAUGAGUGUAAACUCGAUGAAAGAUAAACCUGUUUUGAGUAACAAGUAUCUCGUCUACGUGUCGACUCAUGAGAACCCGGGUAAGCCAAUGGCGAGUUGGGCUGCCGUUUACUCGACCGAGUUAAAGUCUAAGUCGACUAAGCGGUUGACACCACCUGGCAUCGCUGAUUUUUCUCCGGCUGUGUCUCCGUCUGGGAAAUGGACCGCCGUGGCUUCGUUCGGAGAGAAAGGCUGGACUUGGAGCUUCAUUGAGAAAGCGAUCGGUUCAGACAUCUACGUUUUUUUGACUCGUGAUGGGACUCAGCGAGUCAAAGUGGUCGAGCAAGGUGGGUGGCCGAGCUGGGUCGACGAUUCGACUAUAUAUUUCCACCGUAAAAGCGACGACGGCUGGAUCAGCGUGUACAGAGCGAUUUUACCCAAAACUGGACCGGUUAACACCAAAUCGGUUACGAUUCAACGAGUCACACCACCUGGUCUUCACGCGUUCACACCCGCCGCGUCACCAAACAACAGCGACUUCAUCGCGGUGGCUACAAGGAGGCCAGGAUCAGACAUCCGCCACGUGGAGCUCUUUGAUUUAAAGAAGAAGGAGUUCGUCGAGUUGACUCGUCUCGUAUCGCCGAAGAGUCAUCACUUUAACCCGUUUCUCUCCCCUGACUCGUCCCGAGUGGGAUACCAUACCUGCAGAGGCGACGCAACUGGUCGGAAAACUCCUCGUAACCUCCUCCAGAACAUUAGAACCACUUCCAACGACCUUUCUUUGUUCAGAUUCGACGGUGCGUUCCCGACAAUCUCACCUGAAGGUGAUCGAUUCGCGUUCCUCUCUUUCAAAGGCGUUUUCAUUGUGAAAUCAGACGGUUCAGGUCUACGUCAGAUACUUCCACAGAUGGGAUUUGGAACAGUCUGGGAUCCGGUUCGACGUGGAAUCGUCUACACAAGCUCAGGUCCCGGUUUAGCUCCAGGGAAAUCUCAAAUCGAUAUUCUCGCUAUUAACGUCGAUGCAACAAAUCCAUCAACCGCCGUUAAGAAACUCACAACCUCCGGUCAGAACAACGCGUUCCCAUGGCCAUCACCUGACGGUAAACGUAUCGUGUUCCGUUCUGCUCGGUCCGGUACCAAAAACCUUUACAUAAUGGAUCUAGAGAAAGGUGAAUCCGAUGGUUUGUUCCGGUUAACCAGCGGAAACUGGAACGACACGAUAGCUACUUGGUCACCAGACGGUAAUUGGAUUGUGUUUGCAUCGAACCGGGAAUUCCCCGGUACGUUGUUGAUGAAUUUGUACGUGAUUCACCCGGAUGGAACCGGUUUAAGGAAGCUGGCGCAGAACUUGACCGGUGGGGUAUCGAUGCAUCCGAUGUUUAGUCCCGACAGUAAGAGAAUCGUGUUCACUUCCAUUUAUGCUGGAAUCUCCGCGGAGCCGAUCGCUACUCCGCAUUUCAACGUACCGAGUAGUGAGAUCUUCAUGGUGAAUUUGGACGGCUCUGGUUUGACGAGGCUAACCCACAACUCAUUGGAAGAUGGACCACCCAUGUGGUUCCCCAAGAUCAAGGCGACCGGUGAUGUGGCUUGGCCUAAGAGGUUUGGGCCUAGCUGCUCUAUCGAAGAUUUCAAGACGCCCAACACGACCGGGAAAAUGGAAGUGAAUAAGCGGGCAACAAUGUCAAUGUGUGUUGUUCCUUCGCAAUGAUUCGUUUUGUAGAACAGUAGAAGUAAGUAACUUGUCAAGAUGAUAUAUCGUUUCAAGUAUUGGGGUAGUUUAUACAAAAACAAAACAAAAAAGUAUUGGGGUAGCGUAACAAAUAAUAUUCCUUGUAACAUUUUCAAUAAUUUUUAUAAUAAUACCAACAUUUCAUCUUAGAAAUAAAAGAAUCAACGGUUGCAAUGA